UAUCUGGAAGUGACAGAUAACUGUCAAAAUGCCAACUAUACUAAGAAAAAUAUUUCGAUGGUGUGAUGUGGCCAAAAAACAAGUACUUCUCAUGAGAAAAUGAACAUUUUUUAACAUUAAUACCAUUAGAGAAGAAAGAUGAUGAGUUUAACUAAAGUUUUCCUAUUGACACUGAUUGUUUCUUUGGCCCAAGGCAGAGUUCCUAGCAUACGUUUGUGUGGAGAACAAAAAUGUGAAACAAUAAUAUCGAUUGCAAGGACAGUAAUCAAUUAUCAGCCAAGUCAUUCGAAUCAUGUCGCUUUUAGAGGCAAUACACCAUGUCGAGUAAUGUCGAAAUCGAUCGGCGACAAUUCAGAUCUCUGGGAAAUUGAGGUUCAAGGGCGCCGUGGUUAUGCCCCUAAGAAAAUGAUAAUGGAACAGAAAAUACUGAUAAAGGCGGCCGAUUUAGUUCAAGUGGGUAGUGCGGACGAGCCUGAUCGAGAAGAUGGAGUAGCAGAGAAUACAACGACCAACGCGGAAAGCCCUAUGCUGUAUGCUGAACCAUCGGAUGUUCCAAAGACAGACGAACAAGUCAUCAAUGACAAAGUCGAACAAACCUCUGAUGCCCAUUCACAACUGCAAAAAGAGAAUGAUCAAGACCAGAAAGAAAAAGGGGAGAAUGACGAUGAUGACGCUGAUGAACAAGGCUAUUCGGAUCAAAUUCCAGUAAAUGAACCACUCGCAAUUAAACGUGAUAUGUACAAGACCGGUGAUAGUGGCGAACAAAAUAUAAGCAACGAGAACGUUGAUAUUCAUUUGGAAGUAGUUGGCUUAAAUACUAAUGAAGAAAAAUCGAAAAUAGUUGAAGAAGAAAUUGACAUUGAGAUUGAAAGGUCAGAUAAUACUAUUGUCACUGAAGAAAACGGCACACCGCUGGAAGUCACAUCUCAAGAACAAUCAGAAAGUCAAAAUAGUUUGAACGGCCAACCAUCAAAUGUAAAUGUAAAAUCUGAGGAACUUCCACAAAUAGAAGAACAGCAAAACAACAAUGCACCAUAUGCAGAUGAAAGUUUUACCACUAAUAAUGGAAUGGAAGGUGCUGCACCAACAAAUCAAAUUGAGACAAUCGAACCAGUUUCAGAUCGAAUUGCAAUAAAUCUAGUUGAACAAAUUGAACCAGUUUUAAACCCGAUUGUUACGUCGAAUUCUAAUUCGGAAAGUUCUGAUAUUAAAGAAUCACAAUCAUUCGAGGACAAUGAAACAUUGGGAAUUGGUACGAUACUAUUGGGUGAUUCUAAAAGCACAUAUGAUAUCACUCCUAUCACUGAUGAUACAUUAGAUACACCAGAUACACCAAAUACUCCAGAUACACCAGAUACACCGGAUACACCAGAUACACCAGAUAUACCAGAUACAGUAAAUAUACCAGAAUCAAGCAGAAUAGAAAAUGAUAAAGACGAACAAUUGGUGCAUGAAAGCAACCUAGAAUAUUUAGCAAAUAGUAGCAACAAUGAAAUCCCUAUACAAAGUGAUCAAAUUCAAGAAGAUACUUUCGAAAAAGAUGUAGAGAAUGCAGACAAAUAUUACACCACAGAAGCAAGCCGAAUGGAUAUUCCAGAACCAAUUGUUACUCCAGAAUUAAUACAACAACAUGCUAAUAAAGAAAUUGAGGAGAGUACAACCAUCCCAACAACUCAAAAUAUUGUUGAACAAAAUCCGGAAAUAAUUGAAAAUGAAGUGAACUACUCUCACGAACAAAGCUAUGAUAGUGAGUCAAAGUUGUCAACAGAUUCACCAUCUCAACUCCCGGAAAAUGUUGUAAAAACUGAUGACAUUUUUUCACCAUAUUUUCAACCAGAAACACCGCCAGCACAAACCAGUGAAAACGAAGAAACGAAUUGGUAUGAUGGUAUACUGAUUUUUGUAGAGGAUACUUUUGCUAGUGUGAAGAAAAUAUUUGACAAUAAUUCAAGUGCAGAUGAUAAUAAGGAGGAAUCUGUGAAUGUGGAAAAUCCACUCGAUGGAUACUGUGAAAAUUUGCAAGGGGAACAUUGCCCAAAGAAUCAACCAAAGUUCAUUCCUUCUAGUUACUUGGAAAAUUUAUCUAAGAUUAAGGUUGAUAGUAAACUUGUCGACGACUUUCUAACUCAGAUCAUUGCCAGAGCUGACUUAGUAGUUCUACUACUUUUAACUGCUUCCGCCAUCCUAAUCUUUAUUUUUGGCCAUUAUUGUCUUGUGAAUCAUCGUAGAGAAAGUUUACUGAUUGCGCAGCUGAACACUUUGGAAAGGAAACUAUUAGUGUCACAAAAAGAAUGUGAAGUGACGGAAGCAGAUCUGUCCGAAACUGCUAGAAAACUGAAUAGCAUUGCAGAUAAAUCCUUUGGGGCCGAUGACAUGAUCAAGCAGUACGAAGCGGAGAAAAAUGAAUUGUGUGAACAGAUUGCGUCUCUAGAGAAAGAGCUGGAAACAGCCGCUGAAGCUGGUUUGGAACUGAAUAAAAUGGUUCAAGAACUAUUGAGCAAUCAAAGUGGUAGUGAUUCGAUCAUAAAUAGUGUUGAGGAAUUGCAACACCAGCUAAAUGAACAGGAGGCCAAUAUGAUAUACAUAAACAACUUGUUAGCCGAAAAAAGUCGUGAAAACAGUGAACUACAGGUGCUAUUAUCAGAUACGAAUCAAAGAUUUGGCGCAGAGAUUCAGGAACUGUUAAGACUGAACAAACAACUUGAAGUCGACAAAACAACACUCGAAGAAAGUCUAAAUGUAAAAAUGCAUUCGCUUGAAGCUGAAUUGAAAGAAAAAGUAGAAGCGAAAUCAAAUGAAGUUUCCAGUUUGAAAGAGAAAUACAACGAAUUAAAAAAGAAAUACGAUGAAAUUGUGUCUAAAUGGCGAUCGAGUGCAGCUCGGGCAGAAGCUUUAGAAGAAAGCAUAAAAAAGAUGGAAACAUUCAAUGGAAAAGAUGAUAUCAAAUCAAUUAUUGAAGCAACCGAUGCCAAUGCCAAUUGUAUUGCAUUGAAAAGAGAAAACGAAUCAUUGAGCGAUCGACUAGAUUCUGAAUUAGAGAGUAAAAACCGUCUGCAGGAACAAAUUAAGGAAUUGAAUGAAGAAAUCACACGUCUUCGUACUGAAUUUAAUCAACACGAAAAAGACAAGCUAGAAGCUGAGACGCGGCUAAAUGUGCUAUCGAAUUACUUCAAGGAGAAGGAAUCUCAGCUGCAAAAGGAACUGAAUGUUAAAGAAGCAUUAUUUAUGAAACAACAGGGUGAAUCGACCACAACCGUCGAUAGAAUUCGAAGUUUACAAGAGGAUAUACAAAAAUUGAGAUCACAAAACGAUGAACUUCGUGCUGAAAUCGAAGCUCAAUCCGCUGCACAUAAGGCUCAAAUAAAUGCCGCCGAAGUAAGAGCGCAUGAUUCAUGGCUGGCAGCAAAACAAGCAGAACGCCGGCUUGAGGAAGCGAGAUCUGAAGCAAGCAUUCUAAGGAAGAAAUUGACAAGUCUUACGUCAUUCAAUGGAACGACAUCUGAAAAUAAUUUUACUCGUAAUCCUAUAGAUGGUUUCAUACCCGAUCUAAACGCGCCAUCCCCCAUCCAUCUGGAAUCACCUAGCUCGCCUGGGUUGCCUCCAUUGAAUUUGCCACCGCCACCAUUGAUACCGGCCCCAAUGUAUUCUGGUAUGACACCAUUUAUGCCACCACCACCAUUGCCGUUGCCAAACGAAAUGCGGCCAGCUCCAUUGGGUCGUUUGAUGUCUCCACCUCCGCCUGAUCAUCGAUUUGUGGCCAAUUUUGUGGAGCCAAAUCGAUACGAAAACAACCGAUACAGUCCAGACGACUAUCCAGCGGACUUGUAUGAAACGGAAACAGAUUUCAGUCCACCGCGGUCACCACCGAGAUCUCCCGAAUUUUAUCGUGGUCGCAACUAUAGAAAUUAUUCACCAGAAGUUCCAAUCAAAAAGAAAUCAAAUCGCAAAGGUAGUAGUAGUGAAAAUAGUAGCAUUCUUGAUUCCGAUGAAUGGGAUCGUCAAACGUUUUAGACAUUCCCAUUGAUUUAUAAAUAUGAGCAUGAGUUGCUGUAUACCCACGGAAACUUUACUCGCAAACCAGAGAUUUUUGUUGCACGAAAUUUGAAGUUUUCUUCGAUUAUCACUAAUGUAGACUUUAUAUGUGUUCUGACAUAGAAGAUAUACCGAUUUGUUACUUGCGAUUUGCGAUUACAGUUACAGCUGAAUGAAAUAAAUGCCAUAAUACUUGUUUAAAUAAAUAAUAUAUUUAUAUUUUUUACGUUUGUUUGCGCACAUCGAUCUCAAGAACUGUCAAAUCAAUUCACACAAUUGAAACAAUUUUGGAAAUCGAUGGAUUGUUAAAUUUUAUUUUCUCUACUAUUGUGAGUUUGCACUGCUUUUUUUCAAUAAUUCCUCCUCAGACACAUUCCUUUCCUUUAUACAUCAUGUGGUGUGUUGUAGCAGUUUGUUGUUUUACUGUUUGUUUACUUAGCAUAUUAAACAAUAGCAUUAGAGACUUGCUGUUCGUUCGUGAAAUUAUUCUCAGAUAACCUACCUCUUUAUUUCAUACUAUGCAGGUACUCUCAGCUCGGAAAGUGUAGAAUCAAGGGAUCGGAUAUAAAUCGUGGCGCAAUGUACAACUUUCUUAGAAAUAAUAAUUAUAUACAAUUUGAAAUAAAAUGAAGUUUUUUGACAGCAAAUCAAA